AUGUUCGUGAUAGCAAAGGAAUGCAUUAGCGUAGGAAGGGCCAAGUGGAAAUCGCAUAGCUAUACCGUCUGUUUGGGUGAGAAAGGCGAACGUGGAAUAAGGGGCAGGCGAGGUCGUCUUGGGUCGCCUGGCCUGUCAGGGGCGAUCGGCGACCUUGGUCUUCCGGGUUGGCCGGGUUCUCCUGGCAGACCAGGCCCUCGAGGGCUCCCGGGAUUUGGCAUUAAAGGUGAGGCAGGAGCCCCAGGCCUACCCGGGCCUCCAGGCCCUCCAGGCCCCCCAGGUUUAUUGGCAUUCGACAGCGGUCAUUCGGACACAUUUUCCAGUGCAAAACUAAGAUCUAAUCCACGGAAACUGCAAGGACCGCCUGGACCAGCAGGACCGCCUGGCCCUCCAGGACCUCCAGGAUCACCAGGUCAAGGCAGAAGUGGCCGUAUAAAUACGAUUCCAGGACCACCAGGGCCACAAGGACCACCUGGGCCACAAGGACCACCUGGACCACAAGGAUCACCUGGGCCGGCGGGCUUACCAGACUGGCCUGGACUUCCUAAUAGGGGCCAAGAGCAGCUCGAGGAACACUCGGGCAUCAGUCACGGGAUACAAGUGCCCUAUAUUCCUGGUAGUCUCGGCAAAAUCAAUUCUGAAGAAG